UCUAAACCGUCCCCACGUUGACGUGGAAGGUCACCGGAAGAAGGUCACAAGCACGACAUUCAAAAUGGCGACCCCCUUGUGUCAGUGUUAUCAGAUAUGUGUAAGAAGGGGUUUGGUGGCAUUCCCUUCCUCUUACCUGCUGCUUUCCAACAGACCCAAUGUCUACAGGAUACGAGGCCUCCUCCCAAACCCUCCACAGGUGCCUCAGUCACCCCUUCUUCAGGUAAGGUAUUUGUCAGGGGAGCGGGGUGGUGGCCGAAGAGGGUUCCUUGGCGAGUUCUUGGAUAACCUCAAACAGGAGCUAAACAAGAACAAGGAAAUGAAAGAAAAUAUCAAAAAGUUUCGGGAAGAGGCCAAAAAACUUGAGGAGUCAGAUGCACUGAAGCAAGCUCGGAGGAAAUAUAAAACUAUAGAGUCUGAAACAGUGAAGACCUCAGAGGUUCUCAAGAAGAAAUUGGGAAACAUUUCAGAAACAGUUAAAGAGGGACUAGAAGAGGUCAGUCGUACAGAAUUUGGGAAGAAAAUCAAAGAAGGAAUGGAAGAAGCAGCCAAAACAGCUAAGACAUCUGCAGAAACGGUCUCCAAGAGUGGAGAGAUGCUGGGAAAGACGGGUGCAUUCAAAGCAAUAUCUCAGGGAAUGGAGAGUGUGAAGAAAGAGAUCGGUGACUUGGGUCACACUGGCCCUUAUCGGCCUCCCGCCAGACUCAGAAAGAGGACUGAGUUCUCCUCCAAGGGGUCAGGGGAUGACAGCAAGGUCUUCGAAGCCAAUGAGGAAGCUAUGGGUGUGGUGCUCCACAAAGACUCAAAAUGGUACCAGCAGUGGAAGGACUUCAAAGACAACAAUGUGGUCUUUAAUAGGUUCUUUGAGAUGAAGAUGAAGUAUGAUGAGAGCGACAAUGCCUUUAUCAGAGCAUCCCGUGCUGUCACUGACAAGAUGACUGACCUUAUAGGUGGGCUGUUUUCAAAGACCGAGAUGUCCGAAGUAUUAACAGAGAUUUUAAAAGUGGACCCUUCCUUUGACAAGGAUUCCUUUCUCAAACAAUGUGAACGAGAUAUCAUCCCCAAUAUACUGGAGGCGAUGAUUAGAGGGGAGUUGGAGGUACUCAAGGACUGGUGUUAUGAAGCGACAUACAGCCAGCUGGCACAUCCAAUUCAGCAAGCCAAGGCCAUGGGGCUUCAGUUCCACUCCAAGAUUCUGGACAUCGACAAUAUUGAUCUGGCCAUGGGUAAGAUGAUGGACCAGGGUCCAGUGUUGAUUAUCACCUUCCAGGCUCAGUUAGUCAUGGUGAUCCGAAACACCAAAGGAGAAGUGGUGGAAGGAGAUCCUGACAAAGUGCUCAGGAUGAUGUACGUGUGGGCUCUCUGUCGAGACCAGGAAGAACUCAACCCAUAUGCUGCCUGGAGACUACUUGAUAUCUCUGCCUCUAGCACUGAACAGAUCCUCUAAGACUCUUUGGUAUGGACAGUCACUGAGAGACCGUUCUUCACCAAACAGUCUCUGAGGCUGGCUGGGAAGAUUUGGGGGAGGAGGAGAAGGAAAACACAGAGAUGGACACAGGGGCCCUGACUUACUUUGCUAUGGAAACACUGUGGAGUAGUGUUGCUGAAUGAUAUAGGUGCUUCACAGUCUCUUUUUGGCUUCAGUUUGGUACAGUCAGUAAUUCCUGACCAUUCCUCAGGCUUACACUUGGGGGCAGUAGACUACCAACAACACUGAUCCAAAGUCCUUUUUGCAGUGCCUGCAUGGCUCUCCUUUUCUGAAUUGGUGUAGGCCUGCCAUUGUUGACAUUUAAAAGAUAAACGUUGUUAUUUAACUUAGGUUCAACUUAUCAAUAUGAGGAAUAGUUAUGUGGGAAUCAGCGGAAUAGUUAUGUACCUCAAACUUCAGAUUGGUGUUAAUUUGUUAAAACGGACCUACUCCUCUGUCCAGUUAGUCCACCGUAUACCUUCCUUUCACCGCCACGGUGCUGGUGCCUAAGCUAAAAAGAGACUCGUGCUUUUAUGGCACAUCACCAUAAACUUACUGGGCCCAAAGCUGGCACAUCAAACUGGGUUAGUUGUUUCAAAACUCACAAAGGGAAACACUUGGUCCUGAAGUGGCUCCACACCAGCAUCACUUUGGUGGAAGAGGUAACAGUGGCUGGUUUCACCAGUGCCAAUCAGUGCGUUCCCAUCUUUAUCAAACAUUGCCAUCCUUGUUUGUAUAAUAAUUCAGUGUGAUUGCUAAACUGUAAGAAUCUAUAUUUAUUAUGAAAAAUAAAGAUGAGCAGUCACUUUUGGAAACACAUUUGAAUCCAGCUUUUUUUUACCUUUUACCUUCCAAACAGUUAAGCUUGCCUUCAGUUUUGGAGGAUAUCAUGUGAUUCCUACUAGGGCAGUUGCUAAUUAUUAUUUUAAAAUUAAAUCCUCAUGUGGGAUUUCAGUGUUGGAUGUAAUAUUUCCUUUGGGAGAAAUGCUACUUCUGAGUGACUUUUACAGUUACAUUUCCAGAGCUGAGCUGAAGCAUUCAUUUGCUUUGAAUGAACUUUAGCAACCUGUGUAAGUCUGAAGUGCAAUGGCUGUCUUGAUGUGAGGUGCACAUGAGUAAAAGAAGAUUUUUUUUUUUUGCUCAUCUUUUGCCAAGAUCAGAUUGGAUUGUUUCAUCAGCAUCAAUGAUUUGUGCCAUCAUGUGCUUCUUUUCAGUGUUUUCUGGUAAGAUUGCUUGGCCUGCAGUGUUGUAAUAUGUCAUAAAGUCACUGCUGCAGGAGUUCAGUGUGCCAUGUUGUUGUGCAGUUAGCAUCCCAGAAGUUCCUCUCAUAGAAAUGUGUAACAAUAGAGGUUACAGAGGCCAAAUGGCACCCAUAGAAUUUCUCAAGAGUCUGUCUGGAAAAAUACAUUUCACCUUGAGCGUGAAUGUCUUCACUGAUAAGUAAUUUUAAAGAACAAUUAGGUCUACAAAUCUUAAUUAAAUGCGCCGUUUUGUUGAACAACCUUUGCACCCGUAGUUUGCAGCAGAAAAGAGUUUAAGGUCAGAGUAUGUAGCAAGCAAAGAUGCACCAAGCGUUUUUCUCCUGUCCAGCCAGAAACAAGUCAUGGUUACAUUUUCUUGUCUGUAUUUGGCUUAUUUCCAUUGUGUACAAUGUGAACUUGUUAUUUAAAAUUGCAGUCAGCAGGAUAACUCCAUUUUGGUUGCUUUCAUGUGUUUCAUUUUAGUUUGUCAAUAACUUUUGUAAUAUCCAUAAAACUUUUGUCAAAGACCAACAAAAUCUGUCAAAUGUGAGUUUGGAUUCCAAGGUCUUGAAUAAUCAGGUCCCAUCUUAAAGACCUCAUAGUACCGUAUCACCCCAAUAGAGCAUUUUGCUCUCAGACUGCUGGCUUACUUGUGGUUUCUAGCAUACUUAAGAGUAGAAUGGGAGGCAGAGCCUUCAGCUUUCAGGCCCUUCUUCUGUGGAACCAGCUCCCAGUCUGGAUUCAGGAGACACCCUCUCUACUUUUAAGGUUAGGCUUAAAACCUACUUUUUGACAAAUCUUAUAGGGCUGGACCCUCCCUUAGUUAUGCUGCAAUAGCUUAGGCUGCUGGGGGUUUCCCAUGAUGCACUCUGUUUUUUCUUCAUUCACCUCUUUUCACUCUCUCUGCAUUUAUAC